GGCGCCCUUCGCCUCCGCCUGCUUCGAGGUGGCGUCGCCGCCCGCCGAGGAGUCGCCGCUGCGCGUGGGGCGGGAGAGCGGCGAGGUGACGCUGGCCGCGGCGCUGGACCGGGAGGCGGCGGCCGCCUGGCAGCUCGUCGUGCGUGUCCAGGAGCACUCAGGAAAGGAUUGGUACUUGGUGCACUUGUCACUUACUGUGACAGAUGUGAACGACAAUGUACCUGAAUGGGCCAUGGAGCCCUUCCCAUUCUUGGCAGUGGUUUCCCCUGAAGCUAUGGGAGGUACUGAAGUAUACAAGCUGCUCACUGUGGAUGCAGAUGAAGGGAUCCAUGGAGCUGUAGAAUAUUUUCUCUUGGAAGGUGGUGAAGACAGAUUUGAAGUUGACAGAGACACUGGCUGGAUUAAAACAGCAGGUUUGCCAUUGGUGAGGGACAAGGAGUAUUUGCUGACUGUACUAGCAGCAGAUAAACUUGGAAGCAGAAGGUCUCCAGCCUCUGUUUCUGUAAUUGCUGGAUUUCGACCACCACAGUUCACCAACAUAUCGUACUUUGUUUAUGUUCCUGAAAGUAUGCCACAAGGAAAAUCUUUUCUUACAGUCACUGCUGUAUCCUAUCAAAAGAAAUCCCUGAGCUACAGUUUACUAACUAAUCCUAGUGGUCUGUUCAAUAUUAAUCGUACAACAGGAGAUAUCAGUUUAACUCGAAGUGUGGAUUAUGAGAGUGACCAGCACCAGUAUCUUCUUUUGGUCAGAGCAGAGGAAAAUGAGGAACAGUUCAGCAGUGCAGCUGAGGUUUUGGUUGUAAUCACAGACGUGAGUGAUUGUGUCCCCGAAUUUCAUCAGUUGAUUUACAGCAAAGUUGCUGUUCCUGAAACAGUUACUAUGACAACUGCUCUUCUACAAGAUCCUCUUGUUUUUACAGGGCUAGUUAGACUUCGUUCAAGACCGUUUCCUAGGCUGCAGGGGACAAAAUAUGUACGUAAUGUCACAGCUACUGAUGAUAACUCCUUGGGAGGGCCCUAUUCUCUUACAAGUACUGCCCAGGUUGUUGUGAAAAUUGAUGAUGUCAACAAUAACAAACCUGUCUUUCAGAAGUGUCAGUAUUAUCAGGAACAUGCUUCUGUAUUGGAAAACCAGCCUUCAGGGACAGUUGUACUGCAGGUUGAAGUCACUGAUGCUGAUGAGGGAGGCAAUGGUAUAGUGAAAUACGGAUUGAUGCACAGAGGUGAUGUCCUACCCGCAUUUAGUAUUCAUCCUGACACAGGAGUUCUGACAACUGUUCAGGUAUUUGAUCGAGAAAAACAGAGGGAAUAUCCUAUCACUGUCACAGCAACAGAUAAGGCAGCGGAACCACUCACUGGAAUAUGUCAGAUAAAUAUUAUCAUCCUGGACCAAAAUGACAAUGAUCCCAGAUUUGAAAACACCCACUAUGAAUAUUUCCUGAGAGAGGACACAAGCGUUAGGACCAGCUUUCUUCGUGUUGCAGCCCAUGAUGAUGACUACAGCUCAUAUGCUGCCAUUACAUAUUCAAUAGCAAGUGAAGAACCAAAUUAUUUACAAAUUAAUUCUACUAUGGGCUGGGUGUUUGUGAACCAACCCAUAUCUGAGUCUUGGCACAUUUUCAUUCAGGUCUCUGCCACCGACCUUGACCUUGGUCAGAAUGGUGAGAUAAUUUACUCCCUCUUACAUGACAGUGGCAGAGACUACACAUAUUUUCACUUGCACUCACAGACAGGCUCAAUUUAUACGGCCUCAGUGUUUGAUAGAGAGAAGAAGGGGUCCUAUCUUCUAGAAGUCAAGUCAGUAGAUGGCUCUGAAUCAGCUCGACUUGGAAAACAUGGGAAACCAAACUCUGACACGGCCUAUGUGCACAUUUUUAUCAGUGAUGUGAAUGAUAACAAGCCUGUCUUCACUCAGAGUGUCUAUGAAGUAAAUGUGGAUGAAGACCAGGCUGUGGACUCGACUAUCAUUACAGUCAGUACUAAUGACGAAGAUGAAGGAACAAAUGCUAAAUUAUGGUAUCAGAUAACAGCUGGAAACACAGGAGGAGUACUUGAUGUAGAACCAGAAGUAGGAGCCAUUUUUAUUGCUCAACCACUGGAUUAUGAAGAAACAAAAAUGUAUGAGAUUGACUUGUUGGCCUCUGAGGGGAAAUGGGAAGAUUAUGCAGUUAUCAUCAUCAGUGUCAUGAAUAAAAAUGAUCAGACUCCCGUUUUCUCUGUCAAUUAAUACUAUGGAAGUAUAAUUGAGGAAAUGGAUGGGUUACCAGUCUUUGUACUUCAGGUUAUGGCCAAUGACCCUGAUAUGCAUGGGCAUGGUGCAGCUGAUGUUUUCAUGAUAGAUGAGAAAACAGGCAGCAUUUACUCACACAAGAUGCUGGAUCGGGAAGAGAGAGCACUGUGGAGAUUUGUUAUAUUGGCUACUGAUGAAGGUGGAGAAGGACUUAACGGAUUUGCUGAUGUUAUAAUUAACGUGUGGGAUAUAAAUGACAAUGCACCCAUGUUCACGUGCAUGCCUGAUGAUUGCAAUGGGAGCAUCUUUGAAAAUUCUCCUGCAGACACAUUAGUCAUGGAAAUGGGUGCAGUUGAUAGUGGUGAUCCAAAUGUAGAUCUUAACACUGUCCUCAUUUACACGAUAACAGAGAAUGUAAAAAAUGAGUUUGGUACUGACAUGUUUGAUAUCAAUCCCAAUACUGGCACGGUCCACAUAGCAGGGGGAAUGCUAGACAGAGAAAGGACUGACAAGUAUUUUCUGACUGUUGAAGCAAGAGAUGGGGGAGGGCUAACAGGAAAUGGCACAUCCACUAUCUGGAUUGCAGACGUCAAUGAUCAUGUACCUAAAUUCACAAAAGAGAUGUGGCAGGCAACAGUUCCUGAAAAGAAUGCCAUUGACUCAGAAGUUCUACGAGUGUGUGCUACAGAUGCAGAUGUUGGGGAAAAUGCUGACUUAAUAUUCAGUAUCAUCGGGAGAGACCCAGAGCAGAAGUUUUAUAUUGAGAAUGGCAAGGAAUGGCAAUGUGCUACUAUUCGACAGAAAAAAAAAAAAAAUUUGGAUUUUGAGAAUGCACGUGAAAGGCAGUUUAAUCUCACUAUUACAGUGGAAGAUCUUGAUUUUUCUAGUAUUGCAGUGUGCCUGAUUGACGUUGAAGACUCUAAUGACCACAGCCCAGUUUUCCUUUCUCAGUUUAUUCAGACAAGCCCUUUCUUUGAAAACAUGCCUGUAGGUACUACAGUAACCACAGUGAGAGCCACAGACAAGGAUUCUGGUUUGAAUGGGAACAUUAUAUAUUCUAUAAAGUCAGAUUCAGAUCCUAUGGGACAGUUUGCAGUUGACCAACAUGGUCGUGUGAUUGUGGCAAACACACUGGAUCGUGAAGUCGUUCAAAAAUACAGUUUAAUUGUAGAAGCUUCUGAUCAAGGGACACCUGCCUGCACUGGAAAUGUUAUGGUUUUGAUUAUUCUUGAUAUUAAUGACAAUGGACCAGGGUUUGAUGCACCGUACAUGCCUGUAGUUUGGGAAAAUAUGUUGAGGCCUGAAAUAGUGUAUAUGAACCAUACAUCAAAACUGCUUUAUGCAUUUGAUCCAGACAGUGAAGGAAAUGGGCCGCCCUUUACAUUUUCAUUGCCACCAGAUUAUCAGAAUUCUUUGGACUUUUCUCUUACUGACAACAAAAGUAAUAGAGCAACUGUAACUGCUUUGAGGUCCUUUGACAGAGAAAAGCAGAAGGUGUUUCAUCAGCUAGUAGUUAUAACAAAUAGUGGGAUUCCAUCUAUGAGCUCUACAAACACCCUAACUAUAACAAUUGGUGAUGAAAAUUACAACUGCCACGAAUCUGGCCAUAAAGAACUCUAUGUGUGCAGUUAUAAACGAAAAUGGUCAACAACAGUGCUUGGGGAAGUGUUUGCACCAGAUCAAGAUGACUGGGACAAUAAAACAUUUCUUUCUGAAGGAAAACUGCUUAAGUCUUUCAGAUUAAAUCAGAGGACUGGUUCUUUGAUGAUGGUGGAUAACACUCCUCAAGGAGUAUACAACUUAAAAGUUAAAGUUUCUGAUGGAGUUUGUCCGGAUGAUGUAUCUACAGUACAAAUCCAUGUCAAAGAGCUGGAAAAUGAAGCCAUACAAAACUCGGCCAGUGUGAGUCUCUCAGAUGUCACAGCAGAGGAGUUCGUAAGGAGAGAUGAAGAUGGCAAAACAAGACAUGACAAGUUCAAGGAAUUACUAGCAAAAAUGUUACCUGCUAAGCAUAGUGAUAUCAUUGUCUUCAGUGUGAUGAGCAUUGAUGGAAAACAGACAGAUGUAAGGUUUGCAGUCCAUGAUGACUCGACAUAUUACAGACCUGAGAAAAUGCAUGCUGAGAUGGCAGCAUCUAAAACUGAGAUCCAGUCAGCUUUACAGUUGAACAUUUCACAGAUCGAUGUAUACGAAUGUAGGAGCCCGAAUUGUAGCGAGGGCAAUGGUUGUACAAACUACCUUGCCAUGAGCGAUAUCCCAACCAUGACGGAUACUGGAAGCAUGUCAUUUGUCUCGGUAACAACCACCGUCAACGUGGUCUGCGCCUGUUCAGCUAGGGACCGAGUCCAUCAGUCAUGUUCCUCCUACCCUCAAAGCUCUUGUCUAAAUGGUGGGAUGUGUAUUGACACUUUGAAUGGUUACAGAUGUCUUUGUCCUGCUUCGUUCCAUGGACCAGACUAGCAGACUAAGCACAGUUUCCAUGGAAAUGGUUAUGCAUGGUUUCCUCCCAUCAGGCCUUGUUUUGAAAGCUUGCUCUCUCUAGAGUUUAUUACUGUUGUUCCAGAUGGACUUUUACUAUAUAGUGGUCCUUUAUCAAAUCCAGAACCUGGGAGUACAGAAAACUUCAUUGCAAUAGAACUCUCCAGUGGUAUUCCUGUGCGGAAGAUGAGCCAUGGCUCAGGUUUUGUGGUGCUGCACUUUCCAAGUCACCUGAAUGUAGCAGACAAAAAAUGGCAUCAACUAGAAGUCAGAACCAAUGGUCAGAAUGUUCGAUUCACUUUGGAUCACUGCAGUGCAGCUGUUGUUUCAGAGAAAGAAGGAGUAGGCAAAUGGCUGUCCACUGAAAACCAUACAAAUUGUGAAGUCUUUGGGUCUGUUCCACGAAGAGCAAGGUAUUUGAGCAUGAACCGUGUUCUACACCUGGGUGGUGUUAAAGAAUCGUUACCAUACAUUACAUGUAAACCAGUUGUAAUGAUUUUAUUUUGCCUUUGUCUUUUCAGGUGCCCUCCAGGACACAUGAUCAUGGAGAACGCCUCUGGUGGACAGUGUGUCUACACUGCCUGUGCUAAAAGGCCCUGUAACUAUGGUACCUGCAGCUCGCAGUCACCAACCACAUUCCAAUGUCCCUGCCCUGAUGGCUAUACUGGACGUAGCUGUGAAAUCACACUGGCGAUCUUUCACAAGGAUACAGGCCUGAGCUUUAGUUCCAUGUUUGCCAUCUGCAUUUGCUUUUUGGCACUGUUAGCUCUGGUCAGCGCUGUAUGCAUGGGGGCUCGCUGGAAGACUCGCAGAGAUCUGAAGGGAAGAGUCUACCACAUAUCUGAGCAUCAUGAGGAUUUGGAUGACAUCAGAGAAACUAUCCGCAACUACAGCAAAGAAGGGGUGGGGAAGGAGACCAAGUAAGGCUCACUGUGUUACAUUACAAUUAAGAGGGGACUGGUGGUGCUCACUAUGCUGAGGAAAACUAUUUGAUGCUUCCCUUUAUAACUGAGGACUUUAGCCUUUGUUCUGCUGAUUCAUUACUGUAAUUGGUAGAUUAAUUAUUUGCAAGGUUAUGUACACAAGGGCGCAAGUUUCUUAAGUGGAGAUAAGUGUCUAUCAAUUUUUGUCUUAAAGCAAGUGCUCCUAUGUGCAUAUUUAAAAAUGCUCGUAGAGGGAGUUUAGCAGUAAAGAACUAACAGCUGAUACUUUUGGUUUCAUGGCUCAGGAGGUUCUCAGUGGUAAUUACUGCUGUUGCACUGAGGCCUUGUAAGAGCCUGACAUGAACUGUUUGUUCUUCAUGGACAGUCUCUUUCUGGAGACUGUUUCAUAACAGCAGUUACUCAGCCUUGAUUUGUGAAGAAAGAGAGGUACUAGAUUUGUUCCUCUUAAGCCUUAAAGCACGUGGUUGUUGUGGAAGAACCUUUCUGCAUUUUCCUAUUUUGGGGGGAAAUACAUUAAUGAACACAAGCUGUGCUUAUAGUAGACCGGAUUAUGCCCAAACCAGAGCUAACUAACAUUUCUGAUAGUUGUUUUAAGGGUUUCUACAUAUCAGUUUAAGACAGAACUUUGAAAGAAAACUGCAGAUGUUAUAUAGAGGAGUAAUUUAAAUAGAUUAUUUGCUGACCCACAGACAUGUGCUAUGUUUAAAAAAGGUAAGGGACUCAUUGCCACCUUUGAAACUGUUCAUUUCAUGGAUUCAAAAGGUGGUGUGAUUCUGCAGAGGUAGUAACAGCUGGCACUAAUGUAAUGGGUCA